AAGAAAUAGGAAGGGGCCAGACUCCCCUUAAACCAGCUCAGAUUGGACCCAUCGAAGGCGGAUCAUAGAAAUACGUUUCUGAGGACUAGUCCCCAUUUACACGCAGGCGGAGACUCCGUGCUGUAUUUCUGCACUUACCACCUAAAAAUGGCUGAAGUUGACAACGAUGGUGAGCAGAAAACAACAGACAAGGAUGAUUUGGAAGUUUUAAAGGAACUCGUGGAUGGACUGUAUCACUUUAGGGAUCACUAUUUUGAAACGCACAGCGUGGAGGACGCCAGUAGAAAACAGAAUGAUGUUACCGAAGAGAUGAACAGGACACUGAAGAGGCUGGAGGAGAAGGAAGAGCUCUACAAACACAGUGCCCAGUACCUGCUCCUGCGGGGCCGGUGUCUGAACAUAGCUCCACAGUUCAGUCAGGCAGCAGAAGAAAGCCUCUCUCGGGCAGUAAAGUUGGAGCCAGGUUUGGUAGAAGGGUGGAACACACUAGGUGAGCAGUACUGGAAGAAAGGAGACCUGAUUGCUGCAAAGACCUGCUUCACAGGGGCUCUACAACAGUCCAAGAACAAAGUGUCUUUGAGGAACCUCUCAAUGGUGCUAAGGCAGCUUCCUCCAGAAGGGGGCGCUCAGGACCAUGGCAAACGUAUCAUGGAAAGCGUGGACCUGGCCAGACAGGCUGUGCAGCUUGACGUCACCGAUGGAACGUCCUGGUAUAUCUUAGGGAAUGCCUACAUCUCCCUGUUCUUCUCCAGUGGACAGAAUCCUCAGAUGUCUCAGCAAGCUCUUAGUGCCUAUUCACAAGCUGAGAAAAUUGACAAAGCAUCAGCUUUGAAUGCUGAUCUGCACUUUAAUAGGGCCACGCUGUUCCAGUAUGAGGAGAUGUUCAGUUCAGCUUUGGCUGGGUACAGUCGGGCUGCUGCUCUUGACCCUGGCUGGGAGGAGCCUCCAGAGAGAGAGAAGCAGUUGCUGGACUAUCUGAAUCAAGUCACUAGUUUAAUAGAGAAUAAGGGGAAAGUGAAAGCACGGCGCCUGCGUAAUAUGCUCUCCUCUCUGAGCGUGUCUGCUUUGGGUCCAUGUGCCUCUCCUGAGUUUCGCUCCCCCACAGGCCGCAUAGGAAGCCUGGUACCCUGCAGUUUCUCAGAUCUUACGCAUGGCCACAAUGCAGGUGCUGCAGCCCUCGGAAAAGUUGUCUUCAGCCUGGCCACAGAGGGUCGAAUGGCCUUUACAUUUGGGAUGGUGGACAGCGAGGAAACAUGUUGUGUUGUCAUGGUUUAUAACAUAUCAGACGGCUGGGGCGUCUUAAUAGGAGACACAGUAGUCAUUCCAGAACCACAAGUCAAACGGCAUAGUAUAACACACAAUGAUAAGACCUACAAUUUCCGGAGUAUACGUGUGGACUCUCCUCUGCUACUCGUUGUCAAUGGAAAGAGACAAGCAAUGCAAAGCCAAACAGCAACUUCUGUCAGUUACAAACCACAUACUGAAUAAAAAAAUGAGUGCAAACAAAGAGCAAUAUGGAGUAAGAAUCUGAGGAAGGGCAGUUUUUGUCUUUUCAUUUUGCCUGUAUAUAGUGUGUACUGUUUAUUAGUCAGAAUUGUCUGUACAUAUUUUUUGUUUUUGUACUCUCACUAAAGUUGGUGGGCAUUUUUGUAAACAUUCUGCUGCUGCCUAUUUCAAAUCUGAGGUCCACAAAAUAAAACUCCUCAAAUGGUGCUCCUAA